UUGUGCGAAGGUAGACGUUUGUCGUUCGAAGUUCCAUGCGAAAACAUUGUGUGUGCGCGCCGGUUUUCUUGUUUAUUUUCCGUUUCGUUUCGCGUCGUUGUACCCGGCGGAAGUCGGGCGGGUGCGCUGUGUAUAAGGAUAAUCAAAUUGUACUGUACACCUUAAAAUUCCGGGAAGAACCGAUCGAAACUCGACACUGCGAUAUACUCGUGGCAGCUGCUGCCAUAUUAGAGGCACUAAUUAAACCGGCAAACCUUGCCGUACGUUCCAGGAAAAUAUUGUCAUAACGUGGGCACCUUCUUCGUCAAUCAAAAGCCUUGACGUCGUAGCAGUUGGGAAGUGCUCUGGAAGUGGCGCAAACUUCCACAGUCUGACCGAAGUCGUACCGUAUCUUCGAGUGUCGGAGACAUUGUGCAGCAUUCGGUGAGAAGGCCAUCACAGCUGGGUGGUACGUGAGAAGACUAACUGCUUCCCGGUAAAACGAACUGCAGCAGCAGCAGCAGCAGCAGCAGCGCAAGGUGCCAAACGUGAUUCAUUAGCUGCUGCGCUCGGACAGUGUCGCAUGAAAAUAAACCGUCGCUCAUUCGUGGCGGUAAAUAUCCGCUACCAGGUUGAUCAGUUAAGGGAAUUGCAGCAAGCGGAAGAAAGGCACCGAAAUUGUCAUAGAUGUUCAUUCUUCUGGAACUGAGCCCACCAGAAGGUCAAAAAGGAAUGUUUAUGAGGCCGCUAGGGGUGUAUGUGAAUAAAUGAUAUUAUUUUUUAAUUGCUAGUUGUUAAAACAGAAUAAAAAACGAAACAACAGUGUAGAGUGCAGCUUGCUCGUCCGGUUCGAAGUCUACAUCGAACUAGUUUUUUUUUCUUUCUUGUAAUUAAAACGUCUCGGAGCAGUAUCUGUGGUGGUAAGAUUUCCGAGAAAAAUUGAAAAAUGCUUGCUCACUAGCAAUUCUAGUUUCAUGUGGGGAAAAUUGUCCAACCCAACCGAGUUGUUGAAUUGGCGCGCCAUUUCCGAGGACCGUGACGAUUCGUUGGCUAAGUGGUACCUGGAAUUUUGGUCCGCUCGGUUCGGCUCCCAAAGCGUCCAAUUUGUGACACCAGUCAGCGGAAGUGAACCAACCAUAGGAGGUGCUCAUAAAUAUUCGUGGCCAGCAGAGAAGACUACGGCAAACACAUAAACAGUAACAGCGAAGCCGCUCCAUUGAACGGCUUUGUAAGUUUUUACCGACCAACUGACAAAAAGCGUUCCGAUGAAAACCUGUGAAGAUAUAUAGUUCCGGUGAAAUUGUUUGUUUGAUUAAUUAAUAAGCAUAUUAGUGUCGUUGUACAGUGUGUUGACACAGUCGUUCGCCGUGUUGCACUGCUUUAUAUGUGUGUCAUUAGCAUAGCUAUUGCCGACACAGUUUUUGUUUGAACCCCAUCACAAAACGAUUCCCCGCACAAACGUCUCCCUCGCGGUGUGUUUGCACUUCGACAAGUUUUAGUACACUGACGUAGACGAAAAAAUCAUAAAUCAAUCAACACGAUGGUGUCGGAAAAGAGCUUAUCAAGCGCAAGCGGAAGAAGAUCGCUCGAUGGUGGAGAUAUUAGAUUGCUGACGACGCUUGUAGCCACCUGGUUAGCGAUCUCAUUAUCGCUGGCUGGUCAAGUGAAUGGCGAGGACCACUGCAGUGAGCAUCGGUACAACAAUUCGAUUGAUACUGAUCACAUGCAGUUUACCAAGGAAGUUCCAGAUCAGGAAUACGGCAUUUUGGGACAGUUUAAAAGCUUGCACUGCUGUGCGAAAGGAUACCGCAGUAUUGAAUGGUUCAAGAACGGCCACCCGUACCCGUGGGGCAGUGAGAUAUCGUCGCUGAUUGUGUACCCGGAGGCAGCCAAUCAAACCAUCUACACGCACCGGAUAUCGGAAACAGAUAUUGGCAACUAUUCGUGUGUGCUGCGGAACGACACCGGCAUCAUGCGGCACGACAUCGAGCUGCGAAUGCAAGAGGACAAACCGGACUACCCGUUGCCGACGUUCAAACCGAAAGACACGAUCAUCAACCUAGGCGAAACGGCGCGCUUCUAUUGCGAGGCGUUUGUGGGAAAGCUCGAUUUGCCGGAUGCGACCAAUAAAAUCGUGUGGAUGCAGAUGUUCGACGACAAGGCAACGUCCAUACUGGACGCGAAUCAGUUGAAUGUGACGAGGGAGGAUGGUCAAAUCAUCGGAUCAUAUCUGUCAAUACCGAACAUCAAGCAGCAUCACUAUGGACGCUAUCGGUGCCAGAUCACGUCCGGCAAUCUUGCUCGGCCACUGGAGUUGAGCGUGCUACUCUCACCGGCCCAGGUAACGGCCGUCGAAGAGUCGGAAUUCGAAUUUCUCGCGCUGAUAAUCAUCUCUGCGGUUGCGCUCCUGCUGCUGAUAAUGCUGUUCGUGAUCUGUCGCCUCGACACACGGAAGGAUCAGCACGACAAUCGAUGUUCGGCGCAGUUUAUCGCUGAUAACGAAAGCGUGUAGAAACUAGCUUUAAUAGACUGUUGUAGUCCCAUCUUCAUUUCAAAACAAAUCCUAUUUAUUUCAAUCAAGAAAGGGCUAUAAGCUACAGCUGUAACUUAUUUGUUAAACAAUCCUCAGUACUACACGUUUGUUUGGCAAACGUUGUCAAUCAACUAAACAAAUCGGUUCGCGUUGUAAAUAUUUCAUUCUAGUAGUAAGGCAAACACCCAAACGGGUUUGCACUAUUUUCGUAGACGAUCGAAUCGUUUGGUAACCUUUCGUUUCAAUUUUCACGGUAAAAUAAAGAUGGGAAAGCCAUUUAUGAGACUGACUUUUGUGAUUCUGUAGGAGUCUGUCCUUCUGUCUACACUGCCAGCGUAAUGUCUAGACAGUGUCUGUGACAAGAGGGCAUUUUAAAGAACCUCAGAGCUUAAUCUAUCUAUAUAAUGAUCAUACAAGUGUAAACUGUUGUUAUACACGUUGAACGUCAAACGAAAGUGAUGAUAAUAGAACGAAAAUCGGCGUAUGUUGGCUUCCGAAAAAAGAAACAUACUAAAAGUAGUAUUAUUUUAAUUGUUGUAUGAAUGAAACUCAACAUUUAGCUAAAAGCAAUAACAAAUUAUGCGAUACUAUGCAUUAAUCUUUUUUAGUUGCAGAAAGGUAUUCCAUUUAAGUAACUCGAAUAAAAUUUCGAUGAUAAAAUUAUACCAGUGAGCAAAAAGCACAAAUUGGUCGUUGUUUCGUUCCUGAACAUUCCUUUCUAUUUCAAACAUAGUUUGAAUCUAGUGUGAAUCAAAACGAAAUCCUCAGAAAGAUGAAUUUGAGCAAAACACCAUUUUCUGUGUCAUACCGUAAGUUGUACGAUCAUAUUGCGCUGAUGUUUGGUAAAGACAACGCAGAUUUUUACCUCUCUCAUUUGUAAUGUAAAAUAAUAACAAUAAGCUGUUGUGUAAUAUAUUUGUAACAGAUUACAUUAAAAUAAAUUAUUAUAGUUGUAUUACUCUGA